UUCCACAGAGCAGCACACAUUCCGUCGGUCGUGGCAAAAAACUCAGCAUAAAAAUAUUAUUUCCAGUAAAUUUCAGUGAAUUCUUUACUCCUUUUACGUUGAUCCAUCACCGUCAACGUUCUCGGAAGACUUCAAAUCAAUUCUUUUUCAUCGGUGUUGCUCCAGUUAAGUGAAAAACAAAACCCAACCAUGGGUCUAACAGUCCACGGAUUUCCGAUAAACUUGGUCGUGACUGUCGCACACAAACGUUAUAAGAACCGUAAAAGCAACUUAUGUUACGGGAGCAACACCCAGUGAAUGCAUGAAAACCAGUGAACCAGUUGGUGCGAAUACUGUGUGUGAAUUUUCAUUUCAAGUGCAACAGUGUAAAUGUAUUUCGUGCAUGAUAAAUUAAACAUCAUUGUGACAGCUAACCAUGUUUGAAAAAAUGCAUUCAAUUACAUUGCACUUUCCGCCGUUCGAUGGGCAACGGAAAGUCGUGCUUGUGCAUCUGCACCUAAACUAAGGCAGCGCAUCGUGUUUGGUGUACUAUUUCGAUUAAGGGUGUGGUUUCGUAUGCGUGUGCAACUGAAGCCCCAGGCGUAUCUGGAGGCUAAGUUAUAACAGAAACAGGAGCAACAGCAGCAGCAGCAGCAGUACAGGGAGCUGAAACAAGCCAUCAUCCCAUUUGAAGCCAAUUCCCGCCAGGAUGGACAUCGAUAUCAUCGAUAUCCGGACACUAGGCUACCUUUCCAGUACAAGCACGGUUGUGUCUGCAACGACAAUCGGUAAUCUGACGUCGGUGAAUCAAACCGAUGGCUCGGGAGAUGGCAGUGGGAGUGGUACGGGUGCUAGCAGUGGGACAGGUAUUCCGGGCGGACCCGGUGAGGACACCGAUGAUGACGAUGUUGAUGUCUUAUCGCCCCUGUCGAUGUCAUUUCUCGGUGUUUUCCUUUCGAUUGUGAUAUUUCUGUCAGUUGCUGGCAACAUUCUAGUGUGUAUUGCUAUCUACACCGAGCGAAGUUUACGGCGCAUCGGAAACCUCUUCCUAGCCUCACUAGCCAUCGCCGAUCUUUUCGUUGCCUCACUUGUAAUGACUUUUGCCGGUGUCAACGACCUACUAGGUUACUGGAUAUUUGGAGCUCAGUUUUGCGACACAUGGGUCGCUUUUGAUGUGAUGUGCUCAACUGCUUCCAUUCUAAACCUGUGCGCUAUUUCGCUCGAUCGGUAUAUACACAUCAAGGAUCCUUUACGAUACGGUCGAUGGGUAACCCGACGAGUGGCUAUCGGAACAAUUGCCGUUAUUUGGCUUCUUGCAGCACUUGUAUCGUUUGUUCCAAUAUCACUCGACCUACAUCGAGACAAAAGAGACAAAACGGACACAUCGCUCAAAAUCAAUGGCAUCAAAUACGAGACCUGUGCUCUUGAUCUAACACCAACUUAUGCUGUUGUAUCUAGUUGUAUAAGCUUCUACGUACCUUGUAUAGUUAUGAUAGGUAUCUACUGCAGGUUGUACUGCUACGCUCAAAAGCACGUCAAAUCUAUUCGUGCCGUUACGCGUCCUGGAGAGAUUAGCGAAAAGCGCUACCGCAGCAUACGAAGGCCCAAAAGCAGCAAGAACAAACUUAAACUCCGCCAGCUCGCACACACCGCAUCAUCACCGUAUCACGUGUCCGAUCAUAAGGCCGCGAUCACCGUUGGUGUGAUAAUGGGCGUCUUCCUGAUCUGUUGGGUUCCGUUCUUCUGUGUUAAUAUCAUCGCCGCGUUCUGCAAGACCUGCAUUGGGCAGCAAACGUUCAAGGUGCUAUCUUGGCUCGGGUAUUCCAACUCAGCCUUCAAUCCAAUCAUCUAUUCGAUCUUCAACACCGAGUUUAGGGAAGCUUUCAAGCGAAUCCUUACCAGCCGAAGCUCCUGGUGCUGUGGCCAGGAAAUGGGAAACAUUUAUCCCCGUAGCAGCGAUCGGUACGUGACGGAUUAUGCGGCGAAAAACGUCGUGAUGAAUUCGGGCCGCUCAUCCGCCGACCUAGAGCAAGUGUCAGCGAUUUGACCUUACUAAGCAACAUCAACAACUUUACAUAGCACUAGAGCUCCCCAAUCCCAUACCCGUAACGAAGCAGCUGCAUUCUAAAGAGCUUAACCAUUCCAACACACUCACUGAGAUAGUGUCAUUGGUAGAAUAUCUGUAGAAACACGUAAAAGCAAUCGCUAGCUACCAACAGACUUCUAGCGCUGGCUACUAAACGAUCGUACGUACGAGUCACUCACUUUCAAAUCCAUGGAAUGUUGUCCCUUGUCAUACGAUUAAAGUUGCCAAUAGCUGGUGUGCGCAAAAGAGCUGUACUUUAAAGCGCACUCACUUACGCCGGUUUUGACCUGUCCAACACCACCUAAUGCACAAAUACACAGAUUGCACACCUUGACAGCUAGGGUUUAGGGAUUUAUGUUCUCGCUGUUGUUGAUGUUGAAAUUGUAGAGUGUAAAAUCAAUAUGAAGAAACCAAAACGGACAAAGAAUCGAAAAGUUUAGCGUGCCGUUUGUAGUAAAAUCCUUUUGAUGCAGUUGCAAGCGGUCCAAUACUCUACCGAGGCAAACCCUAAUAUAAAAAAAUACUCACAUAUCUGCCAAUAUUUUCGAAGCUAUGUAGAUUCAUUAGGUAGAUUUAUAAGAGAUAGAGUACCACAAAUAGGAAAAACGAUCGAAUAAAUAUGUAGAAGACUAAGAUCGAUUAAUACUAGAACACCCCCAGUGAUAGAUAAAUUAAAUGUUUUUUUGUUUCUAAAAAAUGCGACGUUUUUACCAAGAGGAUAUACGUGUAGAAAACUUCUAACAUUUCCAUAAUAACUUCUUUGAUGUCUCAUUCGAUAUGCAUGUUAGAAGUGAUCCCCAGAGCGAACAGUUUUUCCAUCACUGUACCCAUUUCAUAAAAGCAAACUUUUUAGCAAACACGAAUUUGUUUUACGAUAGUGCCACUGACGCUGAAGUGAUAUUCUUAUCAAAUUGAAACUAUUUUAUUUUGUCAAUUGAUAUUAUUUAUUAUAUGUUUGUGUUUGUUGCAUCGUGUUACCACUCACCGAAUCUCUCACUAAUUACCGACUAUCUUCCGAACGUGAUUCAUGUACAUGAACACUUGCUCUCAUUUUAUCACGAACAUAAUUACACCACUCGUCUAAAAAGUAAAGUUACUUGAUGAUAAGACUGAUUACUGAUUAUUUAUUGAAGCAUUAGAUGAUAAAAAUAAGUAAGGUCGAGCAAGAAACAAAAAACAUUACCCGUUGUGAAGUGUAUAAAGAGCGAUCAUGUUCGUAACGCUAGGGCAGCAGGGUUUACUGUAAUGUUACUUUUGUGUUAAGCAACAGCCAUUACACACGAUUUAAUACUAUCCACCAAUAUGAACCAAAGUGCUGCACGAAACUAAUACCCUGAUACAAUCAUGUUUCUUUAGCGUACAAAUUGUUAAUCACUAAAGAAUUUAUUCACCAUCUAUCACGAUAGUCGCCCUCCCCCUCCUGUACAAUAGUUUUCAAUUCUACUACUAGGGCGAAAACGAUGUGUAAGAUAACAGAGAGUAUUUAGUUGAUGUGAAUGUUUAAGGAAUCGGUAUUAAUAUAGGUCUGUGUAAAACCGUGUAUAUGUGAUACGUAGGUCACGAAAUUUGCUGAUAAUCACCAAAUAUUUGACACAAAUUCUUCAGGUCUAGCAAUGUUCAACUAAAAAACAACAUAUUUUUUACAAUAAAAAUGAUCCGUUGUAUGGAAAAGUAUUGUGACUAAGUGAUCUUUUUUUUAAUUUCAAAACAUUUGCAUCUACCUACCACAAACAAAAUCGCAAAUUUGAUUUUCCUAAAAAUAUAAAGUUAUAUGAUGUUAAGAAGAUUCGCUGUUGGGUUUGUUGUUAUAGUUGCUAUAAAAACAUUUAUGCUAUAAAAUGAAUUGGUAAACAUUUUGGAUGUUUACCUGUUUUUACCAAUUCUGCACUGCUCCAUAUCGGUAAUGUUUGAAAUAAGUUACAACUGCAAAUAAGUUACAACUCUACAAAAAUCCUGCCUGUAAAUGAAGUACUCACAUUGCUCAGCCUAGGUAGCGGACAUGGGACCGGAAAACAACGUAUAGAUUUGUAAAAACCCAAAGCUGUAAUUCAUUGAUACAGGAUUGCGUUCUAACAAUCUCUUCCAAAAAAGCAUUAGAACGAAUUGCUCUCACAUUUGCAUUGAGCGCUCCUAUUUUCAAGCAAAUAAUAAUUUAAAAAUAAGAAACGAGCGUUAGCGUAGCGAAUGUUUCAAUUUAGUCUAUAGUUUGUACCUUCCGUAGUAAGACCAAUGCCUACCGAUACCAUACCAAAUCUAAAAUGAUGGAGUUUGUUUACAUCCAACGGUUACAAUAAAGAUAACAUUCGGGAUGCUGUAUGUUCAGCUAUACCAUUAGAAAAA